AUGCAGAUCCCCACAUCAGAGACUCCUAGUCCUCCACCGCUUCCACAACAGUGCCCCUUCGAGUCUGUGCCCCAGAUCCCUAACACAACACUGUCAGACUACCCAAAAAUUGGGGUGUUGCUUGCGCUGAUCGAUGCCGAAAAACCAGAACUGCGAAUUUGUGAGCUUGAAACAUCCCUGCUAGAUGCAGGGGUGGUUUUGUUGAGCCAAGUAAUGCUCUUACCUGAGGAUGUGUUGAGUGUCAUUGGCAAUAUGGGGCAAAAGCAGGCCAGAAUACUCCACAAUUACACUAAACAGAUCGUUCUGCCGCUCCUUGGACUCAUCAGUUCGUAUGAGGAGCCAGAGAUAGAGGAGCCAGAGGCUUUUAGUGCAGGGACUCAGAACAAAGGGAAGGAGCGUGCUAUUGAGAUUGAAGAUGAUUUGUGGCAGGAAGGAGAAUUGGAGUAUGGAAGCGGCGAGUACAGUGAGUAUGAGAGUGAUGACAAGAUGGAUGUUACAAGUAACAUCGGCUACAUGGCCCCCCUAUCAUUUUUCCCCUUCAUCCUCGCCCUCGUAUGCCUCCGGCUCAUACUUCUCUACCGACUAUCCGUUGACCGGAUCCUCGGGACCAUUCCCAUCCCUCGUCCCCCUCCUGUCGCACCAACGUGCGCACGUGCCCUCAGGCUAUGA